ACCUACAAGUGGAACUGGAGCGUAAGAAUCAGGAUCUCAUCCGCACGAAGACAACACUGCUAACAACAUUGGAGAAGAUUAGAGAAGCCGAACGACAAGCAGAGAAACUGCGCAGGAAAACUGUCCUCAUGAGGGGCGGCAGUUUGGAUAUGGAA